GAUUUCCUGCAGUUCUUGUUCAUCAGGACUGACGUGGACUUCUGGUCAGACGCUUCCUCGAGUCUUCACGAACCACUUCCUCCGUGGCUGCCUGAGUGCAAGGCAGGAGCACGUCACAGCGGUGGUGAUGGCGGUCGACCGGCGCGAGGACAAAGAGGGAGAACUGAACGUCCUGGAAGAUCUUCUGACUGAGGCCCCGGAUCAGGACGACGAGCUGUACAACCCCGAGACAGAGCGCGAUGUCCCCAACAAGAAAGGGACAAAGAGGAAGAGCGAGCGUCGGGACAGUCAGGAUCUGAAGAGGCCCCGCCCCUCAUCAAGCCACACCCCCUCCAGGUCCUCCUCCACCAAUAAGAGAGGCCCAGGCACCCCUCUGUCCUCAUCUUCUAAAAAAGCAUUAUCCAGCCCCCGCGGUCGACAUGCCACCACCGGCUACCGACAUGAAUACUACGAGGAGCGAAAGGGGCGGCGAGGGGCCAGAGAGGUGAACAGGAGCCGAGGAGGAGAGGACACACGACACAGAGAGUCCCAGAGAGGCCUGGAGGGUCUGAGCCAGAAAGUGCGGCGUGACGAGCAGCGGGCUAGCCCCUCCCCUCGCGAGGAGGAUAAUCAAUCAGAGGAGGAGGCAGCAGCAGAGUAUGGUUCUGAGCAGGGGUCAGGAAGCUCCUCCCCAGCACCCUCCCAUGUAGAGGAGGAGGAAGAGGAGGAGGAUCAAGAGGAAGAGGAGGAGGGCAUGGAGGAAGAAGAGGAAGAAGAGGAAGGAGAGAAGGAGGAGGAGGAGGAAGAGGAAGAAGAGGAGGAGUACGAGAGACGUGGUGGCACUGAGGGGAAUGACUAUGACACACGCAGUGAGGCAGGUGACUCGCGCUCCGCCUCUUCUGUCAGCUUCUCUGAUGACGGCGAGUCAGUGCGCUCAGGCUCUGCCUCGGAGGCCUCAGGUUCAGAGAAGAAGAGGGAGAAGUUAUCGUCGUCUGUCCGAGCAGUUCGCAAAGGGAUGGAGAAUCCGACCAAUAAGCUGCGUUACAUCCUGCGAGAUGCUCGAUUCUUUCUCAUUAAGAGCAACAACCAUGAAAACGUCUCCCUGGCUAAAGCUAAGGGUGUGUGGUCGACGCUGCCAGUGAAUGAGAAGAAGCUGAAUGCAGCUUUCCGCUCGGCUCGGAGUGUCAUCCUCGUCUUCUCUGUGAGGGAGAGCGGCAAAUUCCAAGGUUUUGCUCGCCUGGCAUCGGAGUCUCAUCACGGCGGAUCGCCGAUCCACUGGGUCCUUCCUGCCGGCAUGAAUGCCAAGAUGCUGGGUGGAGUCUUUAAAAUUGACUGGCUCUGCAGGAGGGACCUACCUUUCAUUAAGACGGCUCACCUGACCAACCCCUGGAACGAACACAAGCCUGUCAAAAUCGGUCGCGAUGGACAGGAAAUUCAACCAGACGUUGGUGCUCAGCUCUGUGCCCUUUUUCCAUUGGACGAGAGUGUGGACAUUCACCAGGUGGCUCGUCGUGUUCGUCACAAACGUCGGACGCCAUCUGAGCCGCAGCCUCGAGGCCGACCACCACAGCGUGAACCGGGAAGGCGUCGACCUGAAGAGUACGACCUCCAUGGCAGGAAGCGACCGCGAGCUGACGGUCCACCUGACUUCAACCAGCGAGCAGGGUUCAUCCAAGACCCUCGUAACCAGCCGCUGGACAGGCGAUUCUCCAACGUGAGACGAGACGUUUUUCUCAAUGGGUCCUACAAUGACUACAUGAGGGACUACCACCACAGCGUCGGUCCUCCUGCUCCCUGGCAGACCCUGGCGGCGUACCCCGGUGUGGAGCAGCCUCCUCCCCAUCACCCCCUCGCUUCAGAGAUAAACAAAGAGCACCGCAACACCGUGCUUUCACUUCCAGCCCGCAUGACUACGACAUGCGUGUGGACGACUUCCUGCGGCGAACGCAGGCAGUGGUGAGCAGUCGGCGUGAACGCGAGAGGCAGCGUGAACGUGAGCGUGGCGGACCCCGCCGUGAGAGGGAGAGAGAGCGAGUGAGGGACAGAGACAGGGAGAGAGAGAGGGACAAGGAGAGGGGGCGGUACCGCAGGUGAUUUGAUAAUGUCACAUCCUCUCAGCAUGCAGGGCCUUUUAUUUUGACAGUCAGUAGUGGUUUCGGCUGUCUUCCUGUUUUGCUGAACAUUAUGAAUGAAUAAAAAAAAAUUAGAUACACAAUACCAUCGGUUGCAUUAUUUUGGCCACAAAUUUUUAUAAAAAUGUGAUUUUUUUUUUUCUCAUUAGUUUCUUUAAAGAAAAAAAGAAGUUGCUUCUGCUAAAUUUGAAAUUUUUUUUUACAGUGUAAUUCAUCCUUACCCCACCUUACAUUUCCCAUAAUCCCGUUUCUUUUCCACAUUCAUUUUUUUUUGUCCAGAAUUCUACAGUAUGAGGGGAGAGGUCCCUGGAUUAAACUAUCAUUUAGUUUUAGAAAUCUUUCGCCACUAAAUCAGUUUUUUUUUAAUUGUGAAAGGUUGGCUGUUUCCUGUAAAGUCCUUCAAAUUAAUGAGAAACUCUUCAUUUAAAAUCAAUCUUUAAUCUCACUUCAACACUUUUCUUUUUUUGUUGAACUUAUUUUUUUCUCCUCUUGUUUUAAAUGUUAAAUAUAACUGCAAC